AUGGGCGGUCUGAUGCAGAUGAAGGACGAGCAGGGAAAGAAGUUGAGUAAUGAGGAGGUGGUGGAUAACAUUGUUUCCCUUGUCAUCGCUGGCUACGAGUCCACUACCAUCGCCACCAUGUGGGCUGUCUACCACCUCGCAAAAUCCCCCGUCAUCCUUGCCAAGCUUCGAGAGGAGAAUAUAGCGAUGAGCAAAAGCAAAGGUGGGUCGACGUCGACAAGUUUGAUGAUCACCCACACCGACAUCCCAAAGAUGAAGUACACGGCCAAGGUGGUGGAGGAGACAAUUCGGAUGGCCAACAUCGCCCCCAUGGUCCACCGCGUGGCAAACAGGGACGUGGACUACCGCGGCUAUACCAUACCGAAGGGCUGGGCUGUGCUGGUAUGGUUGAGAUCCUUGCACACUGAUCCCAAUUACUACGAGGAUCCCCUCUCCUUCAAUCCUAACAGAUGGGAUGAACCGGCUAAGGCAGGAACAUACCAGGUGUUUGGAGGUGGCCCUAGGAUCAGCGCAGGCAACAUGCUUGCCAGGCUACAGGUCACCAUCAUCCUGCAUCAUCUCUGCGUCGGCUACGAAUGGGAGUUACUCAAUCCUGAUGCGGAGAUCAAUUACCUUCCACACCCAAGGCCAGUGGAUGGUGCAGCCAUGGCCUUUCGUAAGCUUAGCACAUGA